AUGAGAGGUACCGUGCAAGUGUUCCUCGUGUUCCUUCUAGCAACUGUGUCCCACUGUGCGGUGAUCACAGGGGCCUGUGAACGAGAUGUCCAGUGUGGAGCAGGCACCUGCUGUGCUAUCAGCCUGUGGCUGCGGGGGCUGCGGUUGUGCACCCCACUGGGUCGGGAAGGAGAGGAAUGCCACCCAGGAAGCCACAAGAUCCCCUUUUCUAGGAAACGCCAGCACCACACCUGUCCUUGCUCACCCAGCCUCCUGUGCUCCAGGUUCCUGGAUGGCAGGUACCGCUGCUCCCGGGACUUGAAGAACGCCAACUUUUAG